AUGACAGAGCAACUUUGCAAAGAUUGUGACCAAAUCGUGAGCUGCCUGUUUGCUACGAGUCAGGCCAUGGUGAAUAAAAUGGCAUCGAAACUGUGUGGAAAGUGUAACCAGACUGUGGAAAUCACAAAUAUCUGCUGCAACGAACGGAAAUCAAAUACUACGUCGAGCAACUCGAGUAAACAAUGCCAUGCAAUGGAAGUGGAUGACGACUGGAUUGUAAAAAUGUCGCGAUUGCUGGAUUCGAAACUGAAGCCGGUUAUGGCUCAGCUCGAUGAAAUUCGUGCCAAAGUGCAGGAUCACGCGCAAAAUUUGGCUCCUCUUUCGGCUCUUUCUGAGCGCUUCGAAAAACUCGAAUUGAAAGAUAACGGUGACAGGGAUACCCCAGAGUCAGAUUAUCUGAGACUGAAACAAGAGCUACGCAGAUCAACUGUUACUGUGCGUCCAGGUCCUUGUGCAUCCGAGAUUAAUCCUGAGGUUAAAAAAGCCAAGCUUGAACGACAACUACUACAACAACAACUACUACAACAACAACAGCAGCAACGGCAACAACAACAACAGCAACAGCAGCAGCAGCAACAACAAUUACAACAGCAGCAGCAGCAGCAGCAGCAGCAGCAACAACAACAAUUACGAAUGGUUGGGCCGAAUCCCAUGAUGGGUCAACAACACCGUGGCAUGGGCGGUAUGAUGGGUAAUCCGCAAGCAAUGAAUCCUCCACAAGUGAGUUCCAGUCACAGAGUAGGGGUUCGAGUAGUAAUGAACAUUGAACAGUUGUAG